AUGGCUGGAAGUCCUACGAGCAGCGCCGGGCGAGCCCGAGUGUCCCUAACGCACCUCGUCUCCUCUCCUCGCAGGGACCUGCGCUUCAACCGAAUCCGAGAGAUCCCGCCCGGAGCCUUCAGGAAGCUGAGAAACCUGAACACCUUGCUCCUCAACAACAAUCAGAUCAAGAGCCUCCCGGCCGGGGCCUUCGAGGACCUGGAGAACCUGAAGUAUCUCUAUCUGUACAAGAAUGAGGUCCAGGCGAUUGACAGGCAAGCCUUUCAGGGACUUUCCUCCCUAGAACAACUAUACCUGCACUUCAACCAGAUAGAAACCCUGGACCCCGAGUCCUUUCAGCACCUGCCCAAGCUGGAGAGGCUGUUUUUACACAACAACCGGAUUGCGCAUUUGGUCCCGGGGACAUUUAACCACUUGGAAUCCAUGAAAAGACUGCGGCUGGACUCCAACGCGCUGCACUGCGACUGUGAGAUCCUGUGGCUGGCGGACCUGCUGAAGGCCUACGCCCGGUCGGGGAACGCGCAGGCCGCGGCCACCUGCGAGUACCCCAGACGCAUCCAGGGCCGGUCGGUGGCCACCAUCACCCCCGAAGAGCUGGACUGCCGCUGCCCUGAGGCCCGUGGGGGGUGAGGGCUCACGUCGGAGCCCCAGGACGCGGACGUCACCUUGGGGAACACCGUGUUCUUCACCUGCAGGGCCGAGGGCAACCCCAAGCCCGAGAUCAUCUGGCUACGGAACAAUAACAAAGUGAAUGCAAAAGUCAGUUGCAAAUAAAUGUCAUUAUGUCCUUACCUGAACUUGCUGGACGACGGGACGCUGAUGAUCCAGAACACGCGGGAGACGGACCAGGGCGUGUACCAGUGCAUGGCCAAGAACGCGGCCGGCGAGGCCAAGACGCAGGAGGUGACCCUCAGGUACUUUGGGUCUCCAGCUCGACCCACUUUUGUAAUCCAGCCGCAGAACACGGAGGUGCUGGUCGGGGAGAGCGUCACGCUCGAGUGCAGCGCCACGGGCCACCCGCUGCCCAGGAAGCUGUCUUCUCACCGCGUGCCCCAUCUCGCCCCGGCAGCUCUCCCUCAGUUCACCGUGACCCCGCAGGACAGAGCUGUGAUCGAGGGUCAGACUGUUGAUUUCCAGUGCGAGGCCAAGGGGUACCCGCAGCCCGUCAUCGCCUGGACGAAAGGAGGGAGCCAGCUGUCUGUGGACCGGCGGCACCUGGUGCUGUCGUCGGGGACGCUCCGCAUCUCGGCCGUUGCCCUCCACGACCAGGGCCAGUACGAGUGCCAGGCCGUCAACAUCAUCGGCUCCCAGAGGGUCGUGGCCCAGCUGACCGUGCAGCCCCGAGUCACCCCGGUGUUCAGCAGCGUCCCCAGCGACCAGACGGCGGAGGUGGGCUCCAACGUGCAGCUGCCGUGCAGCUCGCAGGGCGAGCCCGAGCCCACCAUCACCUGGAACAAGGACGGGGUCCAGGUGACAGAAAGCGGCAAGUUUCACAUCAGCCCUGAGGGGUUCCUGACCAUCCACGACGUGGGGACCGCGGACGCCGGCCGUUACGAGUGUGUGGCGCGGAACACCAUCGGGCAGGCCUCGGUCAGCAUGGUGCUCAGCGUGAGCGGUAGGUGGCCCGGCCCGGUUCCGGUUCCGGUUCCAGCGGCUGGCAGACACCCUCCGCCUACGGCAGCAGUAAGCGCAGUUCUGUCAUUGGGUGCCCGUGAUUUCUGUCUCUGACUGUCCCCUCUUCCCUCCUGCCCCGACCGCACCAGCCGCCCACGCUCCCCUAACGACCUGCUGGCCCUGUUCCGCUACCCGAGGGACCCCUACACCGUGGAGCAGGCGCGCGCCGGCGAGAUAUUCGAGCGGACGCUGCAGCUGAUCCAGGAGCACGUGCAGGGCGGCCUCAUGGUCGACCUCAACGGAACCAGCUACCACUACAACGACCUGGUGUCCCCGCAGUACCUGAGCCUCAUCGCCAACCUGUCGGGCUGCACGGCGCAUCGGCGCGUGAACAACUGCUCGGACAUGUGCUUCCACCAGAAGUACCGCACGCAUGACGGCACCUGCAACAACCUGCAGCACCCGAUGUGGGGCCUCACCGAGCGCCUCUUCUCCAUGGCGCACACCGUGGCGCUGGACCUGGCGGCCAUCAACAUCCAGCGCGGCCGUGACCACGGCAUCCCGCCCUACCACGACUUCCGCGUCUACUGCAACCUGUCGGCCGCGCACACCUUCGAGGACCUCAAGAACGAGAUCCAGGACCCCGAGGUCCGCACGAAGCUGCGCCGGUUGUACGGGUCCCCCCUCAACAUCGACCUGUUCCCGGCCCUCAUGGUGGAGGACCUGGUGCCCGGCAGCCGCCUGGGGCCCACGCUUAUGUGCCUGCUCAGCACGCAGUUCCAGCGCCUGCGGGACGGGGACAGGCUGUGGUACGAGAACCCUGGGGUGUUCUCGCCGGCCCAGCUGACGCAGAUCAAGCAGACGUCGCUGGCCAGGAUCCUGUGCGACAACUCGGACAACAUCACGCGUGUGCAGAGGGACGUGUUCCGGGUGGCGGAGUACCCCCACGGCUACAGCAGCUGCGACGACAUCCCCAGGGUGGACCUGCGGGUCUGGCAGGACUGCUGUGAAGACUGCAGGACCCGGGGGCAGUUCAGCGCCUUCUCCUACCAUUUCCGAGGCCGGCGCUCCCUUGACGUCAGUUACCGGGAGGGUGAGCCCCCCACGGAAGCAGGGACGACACUGAGCGUCGGGAAGCCCGGCCAGCGCCCCAGGAACGCCACGGCUGCCUCCUCUGAGCACCCCCAGGCCCUGGGGCCCAGCGACUUCCGGGACUUGGUGCUGGAGAUGCAGCAGACCAUCACGGACCUCCGGACACAGAUAAAGAAACUUGAGUCUCGGCUCAGCACGGCCGAGUGCACCGACGUGGAUGGCGAGCCCCACGCGGAUGGCGCCCGGUGGAAGCGAGACGUGUGCACCAUCUGUGAAUGCCGCGACGGGCAGAUCACCUGCUUCGUGGAAGCCUGCCACGGCUCACGGCCAUAGCCGGGCGUCUCGGACGCCGCACAGGGGCCCAGACUGGAGUGUCCACGGAGCCGGAGACCACGCCGUGGACACGCGGGUGGGAACAGACACGAGUCCUAACUUCUUGUUAGAUUCUCAGGUUUUUAUUUAAUUUUUUUAAUGAAAAAGUGGUGCUACUAUUAAACCGCGCAGUUAAGUCAUUUAGGCCCCCAGAGUGAUGUCCCCCAUCCCACCACUUCCUCUCGACGGAGAGCCGCUCCGCUUGCCCGGGACGGAGCCUGUGGCACGCACGUGUCAAGAGAACGUCGGUGUUUGGCAGAUGGAGCAGUCCCUCCGGAGCCUGUCCCGGGGGCACAGGCGCCUGGCCCGGAGCCCCGACCCCUUCCCUGGCCUCUGCCAUGGUCCACGCACACCAGCAACUCCUCACGGCAGGUCCCCGCUCCACGCGCACCUGCUGCUUCUCCACUCCUGUCCCCGUGACUGAGGCUGCGGCCGCUUAGAAACAGGCCUGUUGUCCCUAGAACCCUGCUGCCCGGUGGUGGGCCAGGCGUGAACCCCGCUUCGUGGUGGCCACGCCGGGCUCGCGCUCCCCAGGCCGCUCCCGGCCGCCGCACGGAGGGACCGGCCUCCUCCCUGACUCGGCUGUGGGUGCCUUAGAGACAGCACCCGUCCCUCACCCCAUUUCCAAGCGCCGGAGAGUGUGAAAGCCGACCCGGCGUCCAGUGUUCGAUGCGGCAGAGAAAUCGUUGCCACUGUGCAGGCCUUUAGGGUUCCAUGAAAAGCACCUCGUACCUCAGGCCGCGCUCGCCUUAAUGACCAAACCUCCUGUUCUGUUCUGAAUGCAGAGAUCUGUGUUCUGGGACACGUGGGGGCGAGGCUCGCAGCGUCCCGCAGGCAGUGGGCAGUUUCAGAGCUGGUUCCGGUCCAGGUGGGCCGCAGGCUGCCACGUCCCCGGGGGGGGAGGGCUUGGCGGACGUCUCCACGGGAGCGUAGUCAAAGCUGUAAAUGCGGCGGCUUGACCUCUCGGCCGCGGGUCGGGAGUGGCAGGGAACAGCUGGCCCCGUGGCUCAGGACAUGGGCGUCCUGUGAACUAUCAAGUCAGAUGGAGUCAGGACCUGGGACCAGGGCCUGUCACGAGGAGGAAGCGUGGUGUGGAAGGCGGGUGGUUCUGUAGGUGCUCGGUGUCAGGCGGCGGCAGACCAUCCGUGCGGGAGGGUUACCUGUGGUUUCGUGGCAGAGGUGACAGGCACGUGAACCGGGGGGGCGGGGCCGGCCCACAGGGAAGCGUGGCGUGUCUGCGGGUCGAGGUGGAGUCUCGGUGCGUGGGGAGCCGUGGACAGUGCGGACACGCCGCGGGGGUCGCGUGGUGGGAAGCGAAGUGUCCGUGUGUAUUUACCUUCCUAACUGUUGCAGCAGCCAGGUGCCUUACCUGUGUUCCUUGUAACCAGUUCAUUACCAAAGAAACGUUUGCACUAUGUAACGAUGCCUUUCAGUUCGAAUAAACGGGCCAUGUUUU